AUGAUAUCUAAUUCUGUUGAUUAUAACCCGUUUGAGGACAUUACUACUAUUUUAUCAGCUAAGGAAUCCCUUAAUGAUAUUGAUCGAUUGAUAUGUGCCACUAGGCGUUACAAAUUACAACUGGCGGAUGAGAUAAAAGAAAGUGAAGGACAAGAAGAAAGUGACAAGGUAGGGAGAAGUUCAGAUGAACGUCGAUUCGACUUUGGUAAGGUCUUCCGAGAAAUUGAAGAGACUAAGAAUUUUGCAUCUGGUACCCAAUCUACGAUUUCGCAACUUACAGAGGGGAUCUCACAUUUAGAUAAUGCCAAACGUAAUUUAACUCAGUGCAUGACGUUAUUUCAAAAUCUUCAGAUUUUGACUGAUAGUUAUUUCCACUGUAAAGAAUUGAUUGGCAGGAGUGCAUAUAAAGAAAUGGCUUCAUCAUAUAAGAUGAUGUGUUCUUUAGCAGAAAAUACUUUCAAACCUUAUAAGUCUGUUGAUGAAAUAAACAAAUUACUGGCGUCCAUUUCACGUUUGAGGGCUGAUACUUUUGAAAAAAUUAAACAUAGUUAUUCUAGGGUACUGAGUGGGAAAGUUGCAGAAAGUGAAGCCAUUGAAGCUGAACUUAGAGAAGGUGCCUGUGAUAUUUUAGAUUCGGAUUCAAGCGGUAAAGCUCAAAUUAUUGAUACUUGUUUGAAAAAACUGUUGAAUGAAAUUGGUGAAAUAUUUAGGGUUGACGACGAAGCAGGCUCUCUGGAGAAUCUUUCUAGAAGGUACAUCUUCUUCAAGAAAGUUCUUAACAAUUUUAAUUCAAAAUUUGCACGUUAUUUUUUGGCAGAAUGGGAAAUGCCGCUAAGAUUAACUUCAACUUUCUUCAAGAUGACAGCCAAAGAUUUAGAGAUUCUCUUGAAAAAGGAGUUUCAAGGCAAAGAUGCAUCUAUUGACCUUUUCAUGGGGGCACUACAAGAAACAUUAGAUUUCGAGAAAUACAUCGAUGUUAGGUUUUCCAAUAAACUUCGUGAGACAAAAUUAUCUCAACAUUUUGAAUCAUAUUUGUCAUUAUGGGUUUCCCAUCAGGAUAAAAUGAUGAAUGAAAAGUUUCUUUCCUACAUGAGUGGUGGGGAUCUAGGCUCGAAUUUAGGCGAUUCUUUAAUCAUACCAUCAAGUGCUGAUUUGUUUAGAACUUACCGUUCAGUUCUGACUCAGACCUUUGAAUUAAUUGAAAAUAAUUCAAACAAUGGGAUCUUAGUGUCAUUAGCGAAUUUUUUCACUAAAUGGUUAAUCGCAUAUUCCAAUAAAAUUUUACAACCGCUGAUACUGCCUGACUCAGAAGAAAUGCAAAAUAAGGAAGAAACCAUAAAAUAUACGGUGACUAUGAUUAAUACUGCAGAUUACUGCUCCGUAACUAUUGGUCAAUUGGAGGAGAAAUUAGCAGAACUGAGUCCGGAUCCUGUAAAGAUUGAACAAAGUUUUGCUAUGGUUAGAGAUACUUAUGAUGGUCUUUCAGCAAAGGGUAAUUCGAUUCUUUUGAAUCGUGUUCUCUCUGUGGAUUUAGCAUUCGUGGCAAGAGAAUUUAAUAAUUUAGAUUGGGCAAGAGUUGUUGUUGAAAAUUACAGUAGGUACAUGACGACUUUGAAAGAAAUAUUGUGUUUUGAUCCGUCUCCUGGUAGAAAAUCUACUUUACAGCUAAUUCUUUCACAAUUUAACAGAGACGUUUACAGUUGGAAUUUUCUGGAUAAGGUGAUCGAUCAAGUGACCCAGGAAUUUAGCGGUUACAUCAUUCGACUCUUACAGCCUAUGCCUCCAUUCGCUACUUCUACAAGUACUAGAAAAUUUGACCCUAUAAAAGUUGUCAGCAUUGGGGAACAACUUUUGCUAGACACAGAGUUGCUCAAAGAAAUUCUCUAUAGCUUACCUGGAAGUGUUUCUGAUGAAGCCAACAGUGCUCAAACGACGGCAUUCAAAAGAGUUAAGAAACACAUAGACACAAAUUUGUCUCAACUUUUACAAUUUAUCAAGAUUUUAGUGGCGCCAUUAAGUUCAGUGGAUGAUUAUCAUGAGGCAUACCAGAAAUUGACAGAUUAUAAUACCAGUAGUGUAGUAUGGGCAUAUUUGCUGUCACUGAAAGGUAUCCCAUGGGAUUUUAACCUAUGGAAACAACAUUGGAGUGCCUUUGAUAUGGAUCGUGAUUCACAUGGUAGUAAUGAUGGUAACAAAGAUUUAUUCAUUUUUAAAUGGAACACCAAAUUACUUACUCAAUUCGAAUAUAACCUAUUAAGAAUUCAAGAUCCAACAUGGUCUAAAUUUGUGAAAGAAGAACUGGAAGUAAAACCUACUCCAAGAAAUCCUUCCAAAAUUCGAGUUCAUACUAAUCCAAGGGCAUAUCAAUACCAAACACCCCCUUCGGACGGUCCAGAAUCACAUCAACAGCAACAGCAGCAAUCACCUCAAGGUACUCCAACGUCACCUCUGGCGAAUGUUAAAAAUUUGAUGACUAGUAAUAGAUUCUUCGACAUAGGUGGCUGA